AUGACGAGACCGCGGCGCUCCUCCGCCGCGAGCGAUGAGAGCAAUCUCACCGCGCGUGACCAGGAGCUGGGUAGUAUGUACGAUUAUCUGGCCAAGAUCAUAUUGCUAGGACCUAGCGGGACGGGCAAGUCAUGUUUGCUACAUCGCUUCGUCAAGAACGAGUGGAGGGUGCUCUCGUCGCAGACCAUCGGCGUUGAGUUCGCGACCAAGAUCAUUAAAGUUGGCACCGGCGCAAGGAGGAAACGGAUAAAGCUACAGCUCUGGGACACCGCUGGCACCGAACGCUUCCGUUCUGUCUCGCGAUCAUAUUACCGCGGCGCCGCCGGCGCCAUCCUCGUCUACGACAUCACAUCCCACGCCUCCUUCCACUCCCUGCAGCCCUUCCUCAACGACGCGCGCGCCCUCGCCUCCCCAAACCUGACCCUCGUCCUCGCCGGAAACAAGCUCGACCUCGCCGACAGCAACGCCCUCGUCGACACGUCCAUGCCGCCGCCCACGCCGUCAAGCUACGGCUCUACCAACACGAUCACACCCGGCCCCGGCAUGGGUAGCCUGCCGGGGUACUCGGCAGCGAGCGUGAGCAGUACGACGAGCCGGAGCACGAUGGCGACCAUGACAGACCGGGACCCGUGGGGCGGUGGCGCAGCGGGCGGAGGCGGGCACGCGCAGCGCGCGACGAUCGCGCUCGAGGGCAGGGAGGUAUCGGCCAGCGAGGCCAGCCGGUGGGCGAGCGGGGUGAACGUGCCGGUGACGAUGGAGGUCAGCGCGCUGAACGGCGAGGGCGUGGACGAGGUCUUUGGCCGGCUCGCGCGCAUGAUCCUCACCAAGAUCGAGCUGGGCGAGAUCGACCCGGACGACCCGAUGAGCGGCAUCCAGUACGGCGACGCCGGCGGGCUGUGGCACAGCGGCGCGAGCACGGACGGCGCCAGCAUCAAGAGCUCGCUGACGACGGACGAUAUUGGUGCCGGGGGCGGCCGGCGGAGAGGCAGGGGCAGGGGCAAGAGCAGGAGUCAGUGGGGCAUGGGCGGCAUGAGGGAGUGGGAAGAGGUGUUCACGCUGAGCAAUCGGAGAAGCAGGAGGGGAUGCUGCUGA